UGUGAAAAUAGUUUGCAGUACAAUUUUAAAUGGCGAAAAUGUUAAAAUAAUGCAGUAAAAUGAGCGAUCGCAAUUUUAAAAUUGGCCAAAAAGUGCAAAUUGUGGGUAAAAAUCUGCGUGGGCAAAUCGCUUACGUGGGUUUGACCAGUUUCUCGCCGGGCAAGUGGAUAGGCGUGGUGCUGGACGGAAAGGAUAAAGGCAAAAAUAAUGGUACUGUCAAGGGCAUCACUUAUUUUAAAUGUACUGCUAAUUGUGGACUCUUCGUGCGUCCAGCACAAUUGAAUUUAAUUGUGGAUAGGGAAACGGAUGAAAUGGCAGAAUCAACAGCUGCCGAGUAUGGACAGAGCAACGUCGUCAAAUCAGUCGGAAACGAAAAGGCUUCAACAGCAACGCCAGAAAAAUCAGCAGCGCCGCACUGUGCUGAAAAAGCAGUGGAAAAACUUGAAGCAAAGCAUCCCAUAUCUGAUGCGUUAACUACGGAAGCCGUUCCACAUAUUGCGGCAGCUAAUAGCAAGGUCACAACAACAUCGAAUGGAAAUUUGCUGAAGGCAACCAAAAUUAAUCAACCAUUACAAGCGAAUCAGCGCAUCAUUUCCUCCAAUACGCAACUGGAACUAUCAUUUACGGGCGCAAGCGUAUCAGUAGCGGCACCAAAGCGUAGUAAAACUACAGUUAGUCCUUCAGAGUCGUUUUGUUGCAUCAGACAGCGUUCAGCAUUUGUGGAAACUGGCUUCCUGGAGAUACUGAACACACAAUUCACGCCCGGUCAUCCACUACGCUCGCCGACUUUGUUCAACAUCAACAAUGGAUCGCACACCGCACUCGCAAUCAGCCCCACAGAGCAAUUGCAACAACAGCAGCAGCAACAACAGCGAUGUAAAGAUUUGGAGGCACAAAAUGCCAAGUUAAACGAAGAAUUAAAUGAUCUGAAGAGUCAACGUGUAGAGGACAAACGGCGUAUGUACGAACUCGAAAAGAUACGCUUGCAAAAGGAGCACUUAAGCGAGUUCAAAACGCAGAUUAUGGAGCAACAUGGUAUGCUGCAACGAGAAUUGCAACGCUGUCGACAAGAGCUAAGGGAAGUGAAUGACUACAAGACAACGUAUAAACGUGAACUGGAUGAAGUGGCUGAGAACAUUGAACUGCUCACAUUGGACAAGGAGAUGGCAGAGGAGCGUGUUGAAACUCUACAAAUAGAGUUGGAAACGGCAAAUGAGCGUAUUGAGGAACUCGCGUUAGAUAUUGAAAUCUUGAGAGCUGAAAAUGAGAAUUCCAUAACAGACACAAUUGGUGUACGUUCAGAUAAUGAGUUGAAGGAAGAAAUCGUACAACCGACAGCAAUCGAAAUCAAACGCCUCGAACAGUACAAUCAACGACUGCGCGAGACUGUUGUGAGACUGCGUGAUGUAUUGACACAUGAAAAGCAGGAUCUACAAAAGGCCAAUAAGGAAUUGGAGACGAAAACUUCUGAAAUCUCUGAACUUAAGAAAACCAAAGAGAUACUUUCGAAGCGUAUUGAUAUAAUGGAAAUGCACAUAAUCGACUUGAAAGAACAAGUAGAUGCGGCACUUGGCGCGGAGUUAAUGGUUACAACGUUAGCAGAAUCUAAAAUCGAAUUAGAAGAGCGUGUUAAAUUGUUGGAGGAGGAAGUUAUGGAGCUCGAGGCGCUGGAAGAGAUACACGAACAAAUCAUUGAAGGCAAUCAAGAAUUAGAAUUGGAUUUACGUGAAGAGAUUGACGUGCUCAAUGUGACGAUAAAAAUGUUACAAGACGAAAAGAACAAUACGCUAGAAACCAUAUAUGAUCGAGACGUGACUAUUAUGAAAUUUAGAGAGCUGGUUAAAACAUUAAACAACAAUAUACUCUCAAAGGACCCGCUAUCAAAUGUAUUGGGCAACGUUACAGGAACAGGCACUUCCACAUCAGACGAUCUCAGCAGCACCCUCUCCAAUCAGGACGAAACCCAAAGUAUAGACUUCAAUCAAAUGUUCUCGGUCACAAAGGCUUGCGAAAGGGCCAUCGACUCGCGUUUAAAUGCAAUUGAACUCAAACUGUGCAAAGCUCACAUUACGCACCUACUAGCGUUCGUCCCCGAGGAGAUCAUGCUGCGUGGCUGCGAAUAUGACAUAAUAUUGGUGUUGCUGUUAUUGCAGCGCUUGUACGAAAAAAUUGAAAUCAUUUGUCACAUAAUUAAUGAAAAAUUUCCAUCGUCCUGUGAAUUUGCCAAAAACGCCAUAUUUGAGGGAUUCUCGGUACACCGUUUUGCUUUCCGUUGCAAAUGCCUCUAUGUAUUGCGUAGCCUUAAACUGGUCAUUAAACAGUUAAUUUUCGGUUUGAAUCACUGCGAUUAUGAGGUGUGCACACAUGCCGCUAUUUACCGCGGAGAAAUGGAAACGCAAGAGAAAUCUAUUGAUGAUUUAAUUAAACGGCUAAAGGGCGAUAUGCUCGACGAAAAUACAUCCAUGGAAGCGGCGGAGCGAACUCUGUCAUUUUUCAAUACACUUUACACUAACCUGAUCUGCUCGCAAAAUCUCGCUGAGUUAAUAGACGAACAAAAGCUUUAUGUUAUGUUAGUUGAAGUGCUGGAUGUAUGCCUGGACUGCAUCAAUACGAAUGCUGGUAUACUGCAUACUAUCAUACAAUUGGGUGAUGAAAAUACCGAAUCAUUUUGGGCCAUGCAAUUUCUCAUGGAAAACGUCAAUCAAUUCAAGCAAAAAUUGCGUAAGUUGCAACGGAAACUUCCUUCGGCUGCAGUAGAUAUUUCUGCCAUGCAGCAACAACAAAUUCAGCGCAUACAGCACAUACUAACUACAAACGAACAUUUUGGACGUUUCAUCAACAUAUUAAUAGCAACAUCCAAAGACGCAACGAAGGACAUAUCAACAAGCAACUUUUCUACCAACGAAGAGCGGCUGUGUGAUGCAGCCAUUGAACAUAAAAAACUUUGGAAAAUUAUUAUUUCGAAUUGUACAAAAUAUGCUGCUGCGGAAAAGCCAACACCAAUUGCCUUAUUCCAUCACUGCGUUCAGCAGCUGGACGAAAUAAUCAAUGAACUCAACACUUUCAUCUCGGAGAAUGAGUCUGUGCGCAGUGCAAAUAAAAACACCAUGUUUGUACGCUCUUCAGCCACUACGCUGCUGCAGCGCUCAAUGCAACUCAAACAGCACUCUGAGGAUAUAAAGAGUUUGAAGCAUUCAUUAGCCGAAAGAGAUAAGGAAAUCAAAACGCAAAAAUACUUGUCAAAAAUUAAACAAAACGAAUUUUCCGAAAUGCAAAUACGAAAAGAGAUCGCCGAACGUAACUUGACGAAAGUCCAACGUAGCCAAGAGGAAUCUCUAACGCAGAUUAUCGAAUAUAUAGAGCAAUUCGACAAACUAAUGUGCCAACGUGAGCAUAUAAUCACACAAUCCUUCAAUAUGCUGAAGGAGAAACUCGCUACCAUGGAGCAGAACCAUGCGCUGCUUGAACAGAAACUCAUCUCACGCAAGGAAGUCAUCAGCUUUUCCACAGAUGAAAGUUUUCGCGAAAUUGAAACACUUAAUAAAUGUUUACGAUACGAACGUGCUGAACGUUGUAAGCUGCACAUCGACGAAAUGAAAACGCGCAUGCGCAGUUUUGAGCCACUAUUUGUGCCACACCAAAAGCGUAUGCAUUCGCCAGCAGAAACUCGACUGGUCAAGGAAUUGCGCACUCUCAAGAACCAGUGGAUACUUUCACAUAUCAAAUUAAAACCAACUACAGAAAUCGAACGUUGUACGCUGAAGCGAAAAUCAAAUGAACUGCUGCAAUGCACGUGGAACACAUAUUUCGAAUCACAUCCUCACCGCAGCGCUUCAAGUCAUUUCGGUGCUUUCGGCACAAAGGAUGUAAAUCAAAUAUUUAAUUAGGAUGUUUUGAGAGCGCGUAUCUUUAGUAUUUUACUUCAUUAGCUUAACUUUCAAUAAACACCCAAUAUAAAAAAAAAAUAUAUUGAAAAAAUUGGAGGACUUGAAAAUGUAUCGGUGGCCUAUAAAUUGUGAAUUAGUAAACUUUGACUAGCGUAAAUUAGUUCUUUUAUUAUUGAGUCAUCUUGUAUUUAUUUCAACCAAAUUGAAAUGAAAAAUCUCACUGAAUUACAAAAAAUAAUUUUUUUGUUGUAGUGAUCAAGUAGUUUUUAAAUACCACAAAAAACUUUAUGAAAUUGGUACCGUUGAUUUUCAAAUUCAUGAGUUAUUAAAAAAACAUUGCAUAGGUUAUAAUAUAAAGCAUACAUGAAACUAGUUAAAGCUUCAAAUUGCUUCUAAAAAAGCCUAUGACUUAUGUAUAAAAAAAAUUAUAAAAAAUAUUUAUAUUAUUUCAACUAAAAUUAAGAGUCAGUUAUUG